CGUCAAGUGCUGUGACUGUGAGUAAAGCGGCAAAAACGUGUUUGUGAAAUUGGCGGGGUUACGAACCUCUCACUCUCUCUCUCUCUCUCAGCUCAAAACCCUAAUAAACCCACAGCACUUAGAGAAUUAGUUUCGUUGAUGUUGAUCGCAGAUAUGAGAUGCUUCAGAUGUUUCUACACUCGAGCCCACUCUCUUCUCCUCCGAUCUUCUAUUCCGGUCACGAUUCCUAUAUCUCCGGUCCGUUUCCGUUUCCGUCUCCGUCGCUUCUCAUCCCCUCCCGUCUCCUCCGUUUUCGACUCUCUCUCUUCUAAUCAGGACGCGAGUUCGAGUAAAGAAGACCAAGAUACCGCAAUUGGAUUUUCCGAUGAGAAAUCGAGAAAAGCCGGUUCAAAAGCUCGGGGUUGGGAUCCAGGGGAAGUAGUUAUGAACAAAUCGAAGAAAGGCAAAUCGAAAACUGUUUGGGUUUGUGAUAGCUGUGGUCAUUCUGAUGGGCAAUGGUGGGGGAGUUGUCGUGCUUGUCACAAAGUUGGGACUAUGAAACGUUUUUCUGAAGGUUCUCAGUUAAGUAGUACUAGUGGUGGUGGUGGUGGUAGUAGUAAAGCUACUGGCUUGGGUCCUCACGAGGGUACGAGUUUGUCUUGGUUACCUGAGCAAGCAACGGUGCAGCCGAAUAGAUUGACUGAUGUUAUUCGUGGGAUUACUCAGCAGCAAUGGCGAUUUUCUCUGUAUGUUCGAGUUUGUGAUGGUUCAGAAUUGUUGUUGGCGAUAUCAUUUCUUGCGAUGUUUAUAUUCAGGCCUGGACUUUUUGGGAAUGAAGUUUCCAGGGUGCUUGGUGGUGGCCUUGCCCCAGGUUCCCUGAUUUUGAUUGGUGGUGACCCUGGUAUUGGCAAGAGUACGUUAUUAUUGCAGAUUGCAUCUAUAAUUGCUGAGGGGAGUGAAAUGGCCGAACCAGCACCAGUUUUGUAUAUCUCUGGUGAAGAGAGUGUCGAGCAAAUAGGAAGUCGGGCUGACAGGAUGAGAAUUCAAACUGAAGACCUCUACCUGUUUUCAAGCUCUGAUCUUCAGGACAUUCUUAACAAAGCUCAUCGGCUAUCUCCCCGAGCUCUUAUCAUUGACUCAAUUCAAACAGUUUACCUAAAAGAAGUGACUGGAAGUGCUGGUGGUCUCUCACAGGUUAAAGAGUGCACAUCAACACUGUUGCGUUUUGCUAAGAAAUCUAAUGUUCCUGUUUUCUUGGUUGGACAUGUUACGAAAGCAGGUGAUAUUGCAGGACCUCGUGUUUUGGAGCACAUAGUAGAUGUUGUCUUGUACUUGGAGGGUGAAGAAUCAUCAACGUACCGCUUGCUUCGAUCUGUGAAGAAUCGGUUUGGGUCCACUGAUGAACUUGGAGUUUUUGAAAUGUCAAACUCCGGACUUGAAGUGGUCUCUAACCCGAGUGGCAUAUAUCUUAGUCAACAGAACCCAGAUUCAGAUGUUUUAGCUGGAUUAGCUGUAGCAGUUGUUAUGGAUGGAUCUCGGAGUUUCCUAAUUGAAAUUCAGGCAUUGUGUUCGCCUGGCUCAACAGUAUCAAGGCAUGUCAAUGGUGUUCAAGCAAGCAGAGCUGACAUGAUAAUUGCAGUUCUUAUGAAGCAAGCUGGUCUUAGAAUUCAGGAAAAUGGAAUUUUUCUGAACGUCGCAAAUGGAAUGGCUCUUUCUGAGACUGCUGGCGAUCUAGCAAUAGCAGCAGCAAUCUGUAGCAGUUUCUUGGAGUUUCCAAUCCCUCACGGUGUAGCAUUCAUCGGCGAGAUUGGUCUAGGGGGCGAGGUCCGCACGGUACCAAGAAUGGAGAAGAGGGUAAGUACAGUGGCAAAGCUAGGUUUUAGCAAAUGUGUGGUUCCCAAAUCAGUGGAGGAGUCACUGAAGGCGUUGAAUCUAAAAGACAUUGAGAUAAUCGGAUGCAAGAAUCUGAAAGAGUUAAUCAAUGCUGUAUUUAGAGGAUAAUGUGACUGCAUUCAAGGGAGACUGAGAUUAAGCAUUUGAUCAACCAUUAUCUUUGUCUCUUCGGCAAUUCAAUUUACGGUUUAGUUCGGUUUGAUUUUUUCCUGGUUUUAGUUUUAUCAGUUUUACAGAAACUAAAACCAGUUCAAACCAUUUGUUGUAAUUCGGUUUAGUUUAAUGAAUUUUGGUCAAUGUUAUAA